AUGCUCACGCAUCAGUUAGAUGCGUACCCGAAUACUCAGUUAAGAGGAGAGCUAAGAGGAUUAUCAGAUCAUUGCCCUUUGACAGUGGAAGAUAGAAGAAUAGUUCAGGGUCCAAGACCAUUCCACAGUUUAGACUCGUGGUUCACACAUGAAGGCUUCCUAAGGAUGGUAAAGGAAGAAUGGAGGAGAUUAGGAGAUGUACAGUUUAUAGAUAAGCUGAAGGUGUUGUCAAAACCUUUGGGUAGAUGGCACAAGCAGCACUUUGUGAAUGUAACAGAGAAGAUAAAUAAGUUUAAGGACGAGAUAAAGAAGGUAGAUGAUAUGGUUAGUAGCGGGAUAUGUGAUGGUAUAGUAGAGGCAAGAAGAAAGGCGUUAGUCAGGUGUUGUGAGAUAUGGUAUGCGAGACAAGAUAUACACUGGAAGCAAAUGUCUAGAUCUCGACAUGCUAAAGAGAUGGACAAAAACACAAGGUACUUCCACAAUAUUGCAUCAGCAAGAGAAAGGAAUAACUGGAUUGAGUCAUUAGUGAUUAAUGAGAGAUUGGUGAGGAAUCAUACAAAAAUUAAGGUUGCCAUUAGAGAUUUUUAUAAGAACAUGUACCAUUAA